AUGACCACUCAAUCGCCCAAUUUUCGUAACUGUUCGCUUGACGAAGAGACAUCAGUGUGGUAUCGGGAAGCCGGGUCACAGCAUGAUCCCACUAUCUUACUCCUCCACGGGUAUCCAACUUCCUCCAAUAUGUUUAGAAACCUCAUUCCAUUGAUAGCCUCAAAGUUCCAUGUCGUUGCCCCAGAUUUCCCCGGAUUCGGUUUUACUACAGUGAGUCCAGAUUUCGAUUAUACGUUUGAAAAUAUAGCAAAAACGAUUGACAGUUUUGUCAAAAAGAUUGGUUUGUCAAAGUACCUGCUGUAUAUCUUUGAUUAUGGAAGUCCAGUGGGAUUCAGACUGGCGCUUAUGAAUCCAAAUUCUGUGAUCUUCCUUGUUGUUCAAAAUGGGAACGCAUACGAAGAGGGUUUGGAUGACAGGUUCUGGGCACCAUUAAGAGAUUAUUGGGGAAAAGACCAGCAAGAUCCGCAAAUGCUCAAGGCGCUCAAAGGGUUCGUAGAAGACCCUAAAAACAUCAAGAGUCAAUACUACGAUGGCGUGCCCCGUCCAGAAACGGUAGAUCCCACUGGUUGCACCCUCGAUAUCGCAUUGUUGAAAAGGCCAAAUCAAUCUACCGUUCAAGUUAAGCUCUUUCAUGAUUAUCAAACGAAUGUGGCGAUGUACCCAAAGUUUCAAGAAUUUCUUAGGACCCAUAGCAUUCCAAUUCUAGUCGUUUGGGGCACGAAUGACUCCAUUUUCACUUUGGCUGGAGCAAAAGCUUACGCUAGAGAUGCUAGCGAUGUAAUUUUGCGAUUAUACGAUACGGGACACUUCGCUUUAGAAACUCACUGUGAUGAAAUAGCGAGAGAAAUAUUGGAAGUGUUCGCCUCUCAAGAGUGA